AUGGCGUCAGGCUGGAGCUGUAGCCCCGUGCCCAACCCUACCGUCAACCCUACCGUCAACCCUACUGUCAAUCUUACUGCCACUCCUAUUGCCAAUCCUAUAGCCAACUCUACCGUCAACCCCACUGUUAAUCCUACUGCCACUCCUAUUGCCAACCCUACAGCCGACCCUACUGUAAACCCAACUGCUCCACCCGGUUGUAGCCCCAUGCCCAACCCUACCGUCAACCCUACUGUUAAUCCUACUGCCAUUCCCAUAGCCAACCCUACUGUCAACCCUACUACACCACCCGGUUGUAGCCCAAUGCCCAACCCUACUGCCAAUCCUUCUGCUUUUCCUACUAUCAACCAAACUGGAAAUCUUACUGCCAAUCCUACAGUAAACCUUACUGCUAUAACCUGUUGUAGCUCUAUGACCAACCCAACAAUCAACACUAUUGUCAACCAUUUUGUCUAA